AUGGCAAUUCUGCAAAAACAUGGAAAGAACUCUAGUCCAGAUUUGGUCUGCCUCAAAGAAAACCCCCCAGACAAAAUCGGGGUCGCUGGAGGUCAUCAGAAGAAGUUGAGUGAACCGAAUACGAACUGGCCAAGGUGAGUUUACGAAGAUUUUUCAGUAGCCAAUCUCACGUUUUUCCCACAGUCUAGAAGUGUUCAUUUUAAAAUAAAAUUACCAUAAUGAAACGACGGACCCUUUAUUCAUAUGUGUUUAACCACACAUAAUAAUAUAAUGUAUGAGAGAUUGUUAGUUCCUUAUUUUGCAAAUGCCAUACAAGUUUGCAAUGAUUCGAGCUCCUCUGUAGUUUACUGAAAUGUGUUGGCAUUGGUUAAUGACAUUUUCAGAACAUCUUCUCUCCCUUGACAUAAGAAAACAUAAAGUACCACUCAUACACAUGUAGCUUUGUUUUCGAUACUUUGUUUCUACUUUUGAGUCCAAAUGUAACCAUAUGAAAUGUAUUUAUUCCCAAAUAAAUACUUGACUUUCUUAUUAAUCAGAUGCCUGUCAGCUGGUGGUCUCAAGGUUAUUUUAAAGCUACUAAACUGCACACACACAGCCUUGGGGAAUUUAAAAGCUUCUAGGUCUAGUAAGUCAUAUAGUCAGGCAUUCAUAGAAUUGUCAUAGAAGGCAUGAUAGUUGGCAAGCCAAAGCAAAGAUUAGGCUAAGAAUUCAGCCAGAUUCACUCAAAUAAUUAUAAUAUAAUGAGAUUUAGGCCUAACCUAUCUAGUUAACACAAUUUAGCGCAGAUCAAAUUUAGACGUUUAAAGUUCUGUGAAAACGCCUAGUUGGUUUAGUUCCAAUUUGCCAUUUACAAGAAAAAAGCAGAAUAAAUGCACAGAUGUUGGUUUUACUGAGAAUAUCACACCCACUCUUACUCACACCCACACAUAUUCUCAUUUACACACACCAAACACAUUAAUGUACGCCUCACACACAUCCCUGUCCUCUGCUAGUCACACUUGUGCCCUCUCUCCCUGCUAUGCAGACCCCUGGCGCGGGUAUGGACGGUGGUGCUACUGCUGGGGACCUGUCUGCUGUACUGCGCCCGCGUGGCCAUGCCCAUCUGUGCCGUCAGCAUGGCGGAGAAGUUCAACUGGACCAAGAGGGAUCAGGGCAUGGUGCUGGGCAGCUUCUUCUGGGGCUACUGCUUCACACAGGUUCUCGGAGGCUACGUCAGCGACAGGUGGGCAACGAGAGGAGAGGAUUAUACUUUGUCUGUUUGCUCAUAA